GUGCAGUGCUCACCUAUUGGAGGGAAGGAGGCCCGGGUAGCUUGUGUGCAGUGCUCACCUAUUGGAGGGAAGGUGGCCCGGGUAGCUUGUGUGCAGUGCUCACCUACUGGAGGGAAGGAGGGAGAACGAUGGAGGAAAGGCUUUGUUGCAGGAUGGACGUAGCAGUCUACAUCGUGGUUUUCAUGUUAAUCUGUCGUUGCGCAGGUGAUGCAUCGGCUGACCUGGCCAAGCUCCACUCUGAUUUCUUCACGUGGCGGAUGUCUGACCGGCCCAUGGUGGCCACCUACAGAGAUGUCCACAAAUAUGACGAUCAGCUGGAGGCAUUCACUCUUGACAUGUUUGAUGUCAGGAAGACCAGGGCCGAUGAACUACACGCCAGACUAAAGAAUAUCACAGUAGCUGAUCUGAAGAAGUCCGACUUGACCAACCUCCGUAUCCUGGACGAUAUGCUCUCCACCUAUAUCGCCGGCUACCCGUGGAGAAUGUACCAGUACCUCACCCCGGUCAAUUUCCUCGAGGGGCCGCAACAAGAGGCUUCCUCCCUGGCUGAGGUCCUACCGUUUUCAACUCGCGGAGACUUUGAGAACUACAUCGUCCGUCUACAGAAGACGCCGGGAAAGAUGUCUCAAUAUAAAACCCUGAUGAGGAUCGCCAUCCAACUCAAUCGCACGAACCACCUCGUCUCUAUGAAUCGUCUUAGAGAACAGUUCGCCAAGUUGAAUGUCAGCGACCCGACACAGUCUGUGCUCUACCUGCCUUUUAACAACACUCUUGCGAAAUCCAAUAUAUCUGACGGUGAUAGGGCUGGGCUGAGACAACGUGGGAGUGCUGCUGUCGCCCUCGCCGUACAAGCCUACAUGGACUUGUCAGCUUUUAUCCAACAGGAGUAUCUGCCCAACACCCGCCCCGAUAUCGGCAUCAGCUCUCUGGACGGAGGACAGGAGUACUAUGAGGCUUGCAUCAGGUGGUAUCUCUCCGUCAACAUGACGGCUCAAGAAGUCCACGACAUCGGCCUCCGGGAGGUGGACAGGAUCGUCGACAACAUGCAGAAGAUUAUGACAAAGCAGCGUUUUAACGGGAGUGUUAGCGAAUACUUCCAGAUGCUGACGACAGACCCCAGGUUCACCUUCACGUCUGCAAGUGACAUAUUGGAGGAGUAUCGCCAUCAGAUACAUGACAUCAUACAGAAGACGCUCCCAAAGCUGUUCGUCAAUAUGCCAACACUACCUAUCGUGGUACGUCCACUGUCCUUCGAUGGUCCUGUAGGAAUGUACUCUACCGGAGCAGCAGACGGAUCCAGGCCAGGGAUAUUCUGGGCCAACGUCCUCAGGCCAAAUCAAACUGUGAACUUCACCACUAUGGUGUUGACACUCCAUGAAGCCAGCCCCGGACAUCACCUGCAGCUCAGCUACUCUAUCACUGCCGACACACCCAACUUCCGGCAGAAGAUGGAGUUCAACGACCUCUUUCGCGCUCCCUUUGCCUUCCCUGGCUACACAUCCUACGUAGAGGGGUGGGGGCUGUACGCGGAGUCGCUGGGCGAGGAGCUGGGGGUGUACCGAGACGACUACGAACUAAUGGGCCGCUACAGUUUCGAGAUUCUACGAGCAUGUCGACUGGUCGUAGACACGGGGAUGCACGCAAUGAACUGGUCCCGCGACGAGGCCAUCCAGUAUCUCCAGAACUACACAGCAGAAUCACUGAACAACAUCAUUGUCGAGAUUGACCGCUACAUCACGUGGCCUGGUCAAGCUCUGGCCUACAAGAUCGGGGAGAUUAAGAUUCGGGAGCUGCGUCAAAGAGCAGAGAAGCGACUAGGCGACAAGUUUGACAUCCGUGAGUUUCACUCUGUGGUGCUCGAGAGCGGGACUGUGCCACUGAACGUGUUGGAGGAUCUCGUCACUGAUUGGCUGGACACGUACCCCGUGACCACUCCCAGACCGGAAACCCCGACAUGUGGAGGGACACAUGUUAUGGUGCGACAUUUGUGGAUCGUUCUGGCUACAUCGGCGGCAGUUACAGUGUCUGGACUUUACUAGCGGUCUUCAUGUGUACAGUGUAUGACUUGGGUGUGUAGGUGAGCUAGAUGGCGUAUGGAACGUGUAACGUGCUGAAUAUGUGUAUUGUUAUUUCUUAAGAAUCUAUAAACAUUCAUUUAAGUCGGACAUGAAAUAUUCACAGAUCAACUGUCGGAGAAUAAAGAAUUUUGAAGAGA